AGCCGUAAUUCUAUUCAUAGCCUGAACAAGUCUGUUGGGACAGGAAUAAGCGGGGAGCGGCCUACCUUGAGUGUGCGAAUCUGGCCGAUAAGCAUGCCGAGGAAGGCCCAGAUGACUAUGCAGAUGGAGAAACACAACUGGGAAAGGCAAUCAGCUUCUGCUCCAACCUUACAACCGCGCUUCAAACGAACACGGUGCUUGGCCACUUGGAACGAGCGAGACCCGUCGCGCCCAGGUGCCGAAUAUACGCUCCGCAAGAUCGGCGUAGCUCAGCACAGGCUGCAGCGACGUCAGGUCCGGCAGUUUCAGAUGGCACCGAAUGAAGAUCGCGUACAUAACGCAAUGAGUCGAGGCGCACGAACAAGCGCCAGAGGAUCAGGCCCGUAUAGAGCGCGACCAGACCCACUGGGAUGGUUGUUUGAAACAAAUAACCCGUAA